UCUCAUUCAUUAGAAGCUGCGAGAAUCACCGGCACUCUCCUUCAAUUCCAAUCUCUUUUUAAUUCCUUCCCUCUGGAAAGUUGUUGGAAAUUUUAAAAUACUUUAUCCUCCUUUAUCUUGGGAUUGCAAUUGUCCAGGAACAAUUUUCAAUGGAUUUGCCGGGAACUGUAUUUGGAAAUUCACCGUAAUUUUAAUCAGUUAACUUGGCGGGGGGGACGGGUUGUGGUCUGAGUUGGUCGGGUCGGGAUUUGAAUAGAAACUCUGGAACGCUAGGGAGUGUGAUCGGAAACCCGCGAACCGGUCCAAUCGGCUGUGGUUCGCGAAGGGUGAUUUGCUUUGAGGAGUUCAGGCUAAUGUUUGAUCGAUUACAGUGGGAAGCUGAGACGAAAUGUUUGUUGAUCAGGAGGAGGUCAGAGGUCAUGCGGUCUCCCCGAGCGACGCUGAGGACGGCUGGGCCUGGAAGAGGGUGGGCUCCUCGGAGCUGCUGGCUCGGGCCUUCCACAGCGCCAAUCUGGUCGGGGGCAAGCUGCUGGUGUUCGGGGGCACGAGGUCGGCCGAUCCCCGGGAUCCCCCCCUUGGGGACCUGCUAGUCCUGGAGCCCUUGGGCCUGGCGGUCGAGAGGGUGGUGUCGGGAGGCCCGGCCCGCAGUCACCAUGCGGCCGUGACCCUUCACGACCGCUGGCUGGUAGUGGUGGGUGGCUGGGAUGGUAAGAGGAGGCUGGCAGAUGUCCACAGCUUUGACCUGGCACCAGGCGGGGGCUGGAGGGAGCUGAGCCAGGCAGUGGGGAACCAGGCCCCUGUGGGCCUCAGUGGGCACACUUGCACCAAGCUCUCGGACCAUGAAGUGCUGGUGCUGGGCAGGGAAGGUGGGGUCCACACCCAGAGGAGAUUUGCCAGUAUCUUCAGUCUUCACAUCAACACCUACUCGCACACGUACUGGUACAAGGAAUGCGAGUCAAGGACAGCUUCGAGAUCGGGACACACCGCCAUCCUGACCCAGGCUCAUGGGCACCGGGCAACACAGUACCAACUCCUGGUUUUUGGGGGCCGAAAUUCCGCUGAGAUGGAGCCUGUGGAGAUCUGGACGGAAGGGGGCGUCAGGCCAGAGCACGUGCAUGCUCCCGGACUGGUCGAGCACCUCCGCUCCCUCAUCAGCUCGGGAACAGCGACCUCCAGGAGGCCUGGUGCCCUGCGCCAUCACUCGAUGACCCUGGUGGGACCCUUCGCUGUGCUCUAUGGGGGAGAAUGUUUCAGUAAGACCACCGACGCCGUCUGCAACGACCUCUUCAUCUACGACACACGGUCCCCAGGAGCAACGUGGUACCACAUCUCCAACAGAGACCCUCAGAUGAAGAGGUUUGGUCAUCGGGUGGUCCUGACGGCGAACCGUCUGUGCCUGAUUGGGGGCAGAGGGCAAGAUGGCAGGAGCUGCAGCUCCCAUAUCUACACCCUGGGCCCGAAGAGCUGACCGCCAUCUUGAGGAGGGGGAAAUCGGGAAUCUUUCAAAAUAAUGAAAUAACCUGCAGCCACAAUCUGCAGGAAACGUACAACGUU